CACUCGAGCACUCGACCACUCGUCCUCUUCUUCUUUUUCUCCAGUUUGCUCUAUUCUCCUCUACUUUGCUUCAAGCGACCACUCCCACUCCCACUCCCACUCCGCUCACUCAACCUCUACAUCAACACACGCGUCCCCUGUCUCCUGUCAUCACUGUCACAUCACAUCCCAUCACAAACCUACAAGUACAAGCACCUCGAUGCACCCCGCCCCCCCGCAAAAUGGGCAGCAGCCACGCCAGGUGUCCGCGGCAGCGAGCUUCAUGGCUGCCCUCAACUCGGGGCAAGCAUACCAACCACAUCGAUCUUUCUCUGUCGGCACGACUUCCUCACAGGCUUCCCAAGAGUCUCACGAUGCCGGCGCUCACCUCGGCCGCUCCCAGAGUAUGAAGAAUCCACAACGCACCGAUGGACCCCUCUCCUUUGCCGCCGCCGGAGCCGGCCUCCAGUCUCCCUCGCCACCCGCAUCGCAUUACACCCCUCCCGCAGCCGCCAAACACCCUCUCUUCGCUCACCACGCCAUACCGCCCCAACAGCAACCAUGGUCCCCCGCCUUGUCCUAUAAGAGCGACCCGGGCCCGGUACCGCCCAUCACGAUUGACCCAAACUGCCAGACCCCCCCUUCGCCCGGUAGCACUGUUUCAAGCACCUUCUCUCCUGCCACCGCCUUCCUCCAGGCCUUCUCGUCGCGCUCUUCGGCGCCCUCCGAAAUCGCUCCAGACGCGCAGGGCGCCCGUGUCCUCGACUAUAUCCUCGGCAAGGUGCUUGGGCGCGGCGGUUUCAGCACCGUGCGCGCCGCUACCCACGUAAAGACCGGGGAGGAGUUUGCGUGCAAGAUUGUCACUCGCGAUGAUCUCAGCGAUGAGUCGGGAUCCGCCGCCCGCUUCGAGGACGAGAUACGCAUCUGGCAGACUUUACCUCGGCAUCCCGCCAUUUUGCCCCUCCUCGAUAUCAUGCGCACCGAGUACGCUACGUUUAUGAUCAUGCCUCGCCUGGAGGGCAGCCUGUUGGACGUCCUUCGCAUCGAGGGAGGGAGCGAGAGCACUGCACGCAAGUGGUUCCCCGGGUGCGUCACGGCAGUUGCGGCAUUGCACGAGGGAUUCGAGGGCUUCGAGGGUCAGAUGAUGCACGGGGAUCUCAAGCUCGACAACUUUCUCGUCGACGCCCACGGUGGGGUGUGCGUCGGCGACUUUGGCAUGGCAUGCAAAGUUGAGAUUUGCCCACCCAAGCGGGGACCCUCCCCCGCAAGCCGUCCAUCAAACCUUCCCGCCCACCUGCAGGCGCGUGGGCGACUCUCGUCUGCUCCAGAUUCGCCGCGGAACCCGUCUCGCUCGCCAGCGCGGCGACGCGACACACUCGCUACUACGGAUAUGAAUCAGCCUGGGCACCAACCAUGCCCCUCCGCCUCCCUUCCUUAUGCCUGCCCCGAGCUCUUACAUCCGUCACCGGCUGGUCCCUCCCUCGCGCAGGACAUCUGGGCGUUGGGGAUCAUUCUGUAUGCCCUCCUGACAGGCCGUUUGCCGUUCAACGACUCGUUUGACCCGCGCCUCCAAAUGAAGAUCCUCCGUGGGCAAUGGGAGGAGCCGUACGUAGGCCACGAGUGGAUCGAGGCUCUGCACGGCACGCUCCACCGCGACCCCCUGAAAAGGUGGGACAUUCGCCGUGUGCGUGAGUCUGACGCUGUGACUGGCUGGCGUGAAGUUCGCACCAAGAGCCGCAGUCGGUCUCGUGCCCGUGUCGGCGAUCGCGGACGUCGCGCACCCGGUGACUCGCCGAUCCACACUCAUCACCCCGACGGCGCGGGCCGAGGGCGGGAUCGCUCUCGUUCUCGGGCGUCUCCGCACAUCCGGCACGACAGUCAAGAGGAACGCGGCCGGUUUCUCCAUGCUCACACGGAUGGGGCGCGCUCGCGCUCGCAGAGCGGCACUAGGAAACCCGCCACCACUUCGCGCCCCAGCAGCAUGCACAAAUCCCAUCUGCAUCCCGAGGCGCUGGCGGCUGAGCUGGACACGAUAACAAUAACGCGUGGGCGCUCAGCUCAGCGCGAGGAACGCACGCCCAACUCCUCUGCUGGGUCGCUCGAACCCCGCCCUGGCAACGGCAGUCGCUCGCCGAGCGCGGCGGGACGACCCCCGCGUCCCUUGAGCGGUGCGGAACAGCGGCGUGGCCGUUCGCGUGCGCGGGAGGCGGCUGUCCCCGGGACUGCUGGCUGGUGGGAAGCACAAUUUGCGCACACUCGUCACGACGCGACGCCUCCUGGUUCGGGCACGCACUCUGGAGUGCACAGUGGCGCGCACACGCCGCCUCGCGAGACGCGCGAGCACCCGCACCCGCACUCAGCGGGCGGAAGUAGGCCACCAACGCUCGGCUUUGAGUUGGACGUGGUCGAUGAGAACGCGCCGGCACGAGGGCGCGACGCUGUAGGAGCCGGCGGGUCCAGAAGCAAGAGUCGUGGACGUCUUGACCGGCUGAAGUGAAGUGCCGAUCUAAAGUGAUGCCAUGAAAGCGGAGGAUGUUCGCAAUGGAAAGGUUGUAACUGGGAUAAUUGCAGUCCUGUAUCGAUGCAUACUGUGCAUGUCA